AUGGAUGCGCGUAACGAUGGUAUUGAUGAAUUGAAUAUGGAAGAAGUUGGCGAUACAAUAUGCAGAACUAAAAAAAGAAGACUUAAAGUGGCAAUAUUGAGAGUAAACCAAAGAAAGUUGAAGUUAGUGAACAGCUUGUACCGUCUGAAAUAUUAUAAUCAAGAAAGAUUACCAACUACUUUGAAGGAUCAAGAUGACAGUUUCAUUCCUUCAAUCCCAUGCCAUGCCAUCUUUGUAUUUCUUGAUACAAUACUCCUUGGUGUUCUGCAAGUUGAGUAUCAAAACAAGAAGGAAUCACCCCUUGAAGUUCACACAGUUCAUAUGCAAACCUUCUUGAUAUCCAUAUGCAUCUACUGCAUGUUAAUCGGAAUCAAGAUCUACAUGAAGACUCGCGGUGGUCGCCGUGAUCGGAUUCUUUCCUUUGCUCUUCUCCUAUUUGGAUUACUUUCCACAACCUCUCUUCUUUCUAUAUUGCUGCCUCAACAACUUUUGUGGAUUAUGUUCUUCAUAUGGGGAUCUAUAUCAAUAAUACUUGCUCGUUGCUGGCUUAAAAUUUUGGUGUGUAGGAUUAGAGAAGUAAUGAUGGUUUUAAUAUUCAAAAUUAAGGGUUCAGCCAUUGGAAGCAACAAUACAACAAAUUCAAAUCCAAAUCCAGUUGAACAAAUUGAAGUAGAUCAUAAUUAA